AUGUUUCAUCCCGACCCGAAUGUGCUUCCACGGAUUUGGUGGUGUCCGACUGGCCCUCUCGCUUUCCUUCCGAUACAUGCAGCAGGUAUAUAUAACGCAGGGACAUCUGGCUUUCAGAUUAGCGAUUAUGCCAUCUCGUCCUACACUCCUACAUUAUCUGCUUUACUAGAGCAGUCUAAUCGAACUUUGGACUCGUCCUUCAAAUUGCUAUCCGUCAUCCAGCCAUCAGCACCCGGCGUCUCGCGCAUUCCCAACACAGUAGAGGAGCUCAAAUGUAUUGAACGCCGUGUCGUCGGUCGGGAACAUGAGAUUCUCAAGGGCUGUCAAGGGAUCAAGAGUAGAGUGAUACGAGGAAUGGAGGAGAGUAACUGGGUGCAUCUGGCAUGUCAUGGACUACAGAAACAGGACGAGCCGACAAAGAGUGGUCUUAUUCUCGAAGAUGGCCACCUGACUCUCGAGGAAAUAAUCAAACUGGAACUUCCGAAAGCCGAAAUGGCAUUCUUGUCGGCUUGUCAGACAACGACUGGGGAAGAAAAACUAUCGGACGAAGCGGUGCAUAUUGCAGGAGGAAUGCUACUCGCUGGUUAUAAGGGGCUGGUGGCGACAAUGUGGUCUAUUCAAGAUGAUUUAGCACCAGAAAUAGCGGACGAGUUCUAUCGACAUAUCAUGGCGGAUAAAGGUAGACCUGAUAGCAGGAAGGCUGCAGAGGCACUACACUAUUCGAUUCAACGGCUUCGCAAGAAGCGGAAAGUUCCACUUACGUCGUGGAUUCCGUUUGUGCAUCUUGGGGUAUAG